CUUCAGCAUUCUAAUGACAGCUUGAUGGUCGUGUAAAAACCUUGCACCCAAAUAUACAUGGGGGUAUUUUGGCUAGAAGAGACCAGAAGCAUCACGUGGAAGCUCUUAAUGAACAUGGAAUUGGUACAUUUGAUGUGGUUGUAGUGAACUUGUAUCCCUUUUAUGAUAAAGUUACCUCUGCUGGAGGAAUUGACUUUGAGGAUGGAAUUGAAAAUAUUGACAUUGGUGGCCCUGCAAUGAUUAGAGCUGCGGCAAAGAACCACAGGGAUGUGUUAGUUGUUGUCGAUUCAGUGGAUUACCCUGCACUCCUGGAAUUUCUUGGAGGAAAUCAUGAUGAUCAACAGUUCCGAAGAAAGCUUGCUUGGAAGGCUUUUCAACAUGUUGCUGCUUAUGACUCUGCAGUUUCAGAGUGGCUAUGGAAACAGGUCGAAGGAGAUAAAUUCCCUCCCAGUUUUACUUUGCCUCUUUCUCUCAAAAGUUCUCUUCGUUAUGGUGAAAAUCCUCAUCAAAAGGCUGCGUUUUAUGUGGACAAAAGUCUUUCAGAGGUUAAUGCUGGUGGUAUUGCAACAGCUAUUCAGCACCAUGGGAAGGAAAUGUCAUAUAAUAACUAUCUAGAUGCUGAUGCGGCAUGGAAUUGUGUCUCUGAAUUCAAGAGCCCUACAUGUGUGAUUGUGAAGCAUACAAAUCCUUGUGGAGUAGCAUCUCGCAAUGAUAUCCUUGAAGCUUAUACGCUAGCUGUGAAAGCAGAUCCAGUGAGUGCAUUUGGUGGCAUUGUUGCCUUUAAUGUGGAAGUUGAUGAGGCUCUUGCUAAGGAUAUUCGAGAGUUUAGAAGCCCAACAGAUGGUGAAACCAGGAUGUUUUAUGAGAUUGUAGUGGCUCCCAAGUAUACAGAAAAGGGGCUUGAAAUCCUCCGUGGGAAAUCAAAGACCUUGAGAAUCCUUGAGGCAAAGAAGAACGAGACAGGAAAGCUUUCACUUAGACAAGUUGGUGGUGGGUGGUUAGCACAGGAUUCAGAUGACAUAACCCCACAAGAUAUCCAAUUCAAUGUUGUCUCUCAGAAGACUCCGGAGAAAAAUGAGCUCGCUGAUGCAGAGUUUGCAUGGCUGUGUGUUAAGCAUGUUAAGAGUAAUGCCAUUGUUAUUGCCAAGGGUAACUGCAUGUUAGGUAUGGGAAGUGGGCAGCCAAAUCGUGUGGAGAGUUUAAGAAUAGCUUUUAGAAAGGCAGGAGAUGAGGCGAAGGGGGCUGCUUUGGCUAGUGAUGCAUUCUUCCCAUUUGCUUGGAAGGAUGCAGUGGAAGAAGCAUGUGAGAAAGGAAUUGGUGUGAUUGCAGAACCAGGUGGGAGCAUCAGAGAUCAGGAUGCCAUAGACUGCUGCAACAAAUAUGGAGUUUCACUUCUUUUUACCAAUGUGAGGCACUUCAGGCAUUGAGGAUCUUUCACCUUGCUGGACAGCAACGUUGAGCUUCCAAACCAUCACCAGGAUGUUUUGGCAUGUAUAAUAAUGUUACCAUAAGGGUGCAGCUUAGAGGAAAGUUUUAAAAGCAUGCGUAGAUGUCAAACGAUUUUUAUUUUUUUGUCUAUUAGGAUAUUUAUAUUGACUUGGACAAUGGUGUCAUUUCCUUUUUGGGUACACCAUGUUUGGCAAUCAGAGGAACUAUUUAUUGUACUAUUUUUCGGUUUACAAUGCAGCCAAGGAAGGAAAAAGUUCAAGAGCUAA